AUGGCUACAAUUGCCGAAGCACUCACCCGUUUAACUUUUUCCCCUCUGGCUACACAAAAUGCCCAACAAGCCUCAACUUCUAGUGGUUUGCCCUCACAACCUCAACAAAAUCCUAAGGGAAGCAUCAAUGCUAUCACCCUUAGGAGCGGCACCAAGUUAGAUGAUAUUGGUGUUGUGCCUACAAGCUUGAGUGAGGAAACCCACAAGGAAGAGGUGGGAGAGGAUAUGGGAGUGAUGAAGGAUGAUGAGGAAGAUGUUGAGAAGGAUGAGGAGGAACCACUCAAGUCUAAGGAGCCAAAGAGGAAAAAUCCGAUUGAAGAGCCUAUGCCCAUUCCAUUCCCAACCUUGGCGAAGAAGGUGAAGAAGCAAGAACAACUUGACCCCAACAUGGUGGAAAUUUUUAAGAAUGAUGAAGUCAUCGUCCCUCUAUUCCAGGCCAUUCAACAAGUGCCCAAAUAUGCCAAGUUCCUCAAAGAUGUUUGUACCCACAAGGAUAAAAUUGGCGAACUCAACAAAAGGUCGGUAGAUGAUUCUAUCUCUUCUUUAAUUCCUGAAAAAUGCAAUGAUCCUGGCCCAUGUUUGGUUACUUGCUUGAUUGGUGGGGUAAAGUUCACGGACUGUAUAUGCGAUUUGGGGGCAUGCGUAAGCAUUAUGCCACUCCCCAUUUAUGAGAGAUUGAACUUGUCACCCUUAAAGAGGUCCGGGGCGAGAUUCGUGUUGGCUGAUAAGAGCAUUGUAUCAGUUGUGGGGAUUGCAGAAAAUGUUUUGGUUGACAUCCAAGGUUUACUCUUUCUGGUGGAUUUCUACAUUUUGGAGACUCCUCCCAUUGACUCAGACAAGCCAUCAUCCAUUCUACUUGGAAGGCCGUUCCUAAAGACAUCCCGAUUCAAGCUUGAUGCACAUUCCAGAGUCUAUUCUUUAGAGGCCGAUGGCAAGGUAGCAAGAUUCACAUUGGAAGAGUCAAGGAAACCCAUAAGGGAAGAUCUAAGAGCCAUAAGGGAAGAACAAAGGGCUAUGAGGGAAGAACAACAAAGACAGAGGAGUGACGUUGAAGAGAUCAAGUACCAUAUUGGAUCCUCAAGGAGGAGCACUAGCCGCCACCAUUAA